AGGGGACUUGUUCGGAGGGUGCCAGCAAGGCUGGGAGUUGCUUUGUGUUCAUGGCAGCUGGCAAAAAUCAUUGACAGCAGUUUUUGCUGGCAGCAGGACUGACCUCACCCUCCCAAGGGACUGCUGGGCUCCAAGGGGUCUGGCCCAGCCCAAGAAGGAUUUUUUUUUCCAACCAAUUCCCCACAGAUGUAACUCUGUCCUAACCUUGAGUUUGCACCUCAGGGAGGCAUCACUCCUCACACUUAGGGCAGUUUAAUUAGCAGCAAGCCCUCUGUUCCUGCUAAAACCUUCUGGAGCUGGCCAGGAAAUUGCAGGGAGGUCAGGGAAUGACCAACUGGGCAGAUAACAUGAUUGAGUCUUGUUUUCCCAGAGCAGACCUGUGAGGAGAGCUGAGAUGCUGUGAUUUGGAGCAUUGUGCUUUCCAGAAAGACUUCCCUGGGCGCUUUGGGUACAAAGGGAUGCUCAGAGGGGCACAACCUGCUCCCAGCCCGGAUGCUUUCGGCUUGGGAACUGCAGCACUCGCAGCUGAUUCUGGGUGAGAUUCGGGCUCAGCUGCUUCCCCGGCCGCUGCCAUGACACAGUCCAGCGUUUGUAAACAGCUCUGAGGUUCCUCAGCAAGGUGUCAUGGGAGGAAAUAGCUGGAUGCCGGGGAGUGCAGCGUCCUGACCUGCCCCUCACCCUUCUCGGUGACUAACCCGCUCCCAAUUUCCUCUCAGGAAGGCAUGAGUCGUGUUGGGAGGAUGUGAGAGCAGCUGUCCCAUUGCUCCUGGCAGGUGCCGUGGGACGAUGAGGCUGCUUUGGGCUCUGUGCUCACCACGCUACAUCCGUCCAAGGCCCUGUGCCCCCGUGCCACAGGGAUCCCCCUUUGUCCUGCCAGCCUGUGCUUUAAAUAGCAGUGGAAUUCCUGUCCGGUCUCUGCUGGCCAUGCUUGUGCUACGGAGAAAGGGGCUGAGAGUGGCUUCACAGCAAGGUGUCAGGGCUGGAGAUGGGUGCAGGAAGGGUUGGGGAAGGGCUGUGCAUGGUGGGGAUGCCAGUGGCUGGGGGCUGCAGCCAGGUUUGUCUCAGAUGGGCAAUGGGACUGGCACAGGCUCAGCCUCUGUGAUGGCAGGGGAGACACAGAUGGGGCUUUUCCAUCUCAGUUCUGGUCUGUGGGGACUUCCCAGAAGACUGAGCUGAUGACCACCCUUGGAUGCCCACUCCAUGCCGUGACCACACGGUGACCACCAGCAGCCCCAGGCGGGUCCCUUUGCUCUCAGCAGCCACAGGCUGAUUCAAGCUGGUCCCACACGGACACCGCUUGUUUGCCUCCAGAUGUGGUGUCGUACAUGGAAGUGGGAUCACUUCCUUACCCAUGCUGAUAACCAGCCAUUUGGGGCUAUCUUAAUUACGAGAGCCUUAACGAGGCCCCUUGACCCCAAGGGCAGCCCGAAGGGCGCUCAGCAGCUCCCGGGCUGUGGGCAGGCGACUGCCAGUCGGGUUUGUCCUGAUCGGCUCCAUUCCCGCCCGCGUGGCGCUGCUCAGGCCGAGUGUGGGAGGGAAGUGCUGGGAUGGGAUGUGGGCAUGUGGCACGGAGCUGGCAUGAUGGGGGACAGCCCGAGGAGAAUCCCCCCACUUCCCUCCUCACUGCAAAAGGGAUUCGACCAUGGAGCAGAGCGUCCAGUCCAGCCAUGACCACCAGUCUCUCUUCAAGAGCAAACAUCCCUCCAUCUCCUGUCCCGGGAGGAGCCCUGGGGUAUCCCACACAUCAUGUGGUGGAGAAGGUUUGUACAUUUGAAGCACCGUGCCCUGGGUUUGCUGGGUAAUGUGAUGUGUGCCCUGAGUGUGGGGAAACUGAGGCAGAAACAGCAGACAAGGUUUGUCUUGAGUUGUGCAAGAAGCCAAGGGUUAAAUUCAUCAACAACCUCCCUCAGCUCUCUCCAGUCCCCGGCUUCUCCUGCUCCUGCCCCCAACUGCUGGAGGAGUUGAUCUGCACUGGGAGUUACCCUGGGGGAAGAAAAGCACAGAGCCUAGGGGCUUCCCAUGCCUUCCAUAACCCUUAGUGCCUGUGGGGGCUGCAGCAGAGACCUGGGGCUCUCUGUGCCAGGGCAGGCCCGGAUUUCGGGGUCCCACUGCCACAUCACAGCCCCAGAGGAGGCGUGCAGAGGACGUGCCUCUGCUGUGAGAUGAAGUGCAGAGGCACAGAGCUCUUCCACAUCCCUGCCCGCCCUGCUGCACCCGGGGAUGGGAAUGGGAGGGGGAUGCACUCCUCCCGAAUCCAUCUCUUUUAGCAUCGUUCCCACUGCUGAAGUUACUGUCUCAAGGUGGAGCCAGAAAUAGCGCGGCUGGCGCUGCAGCGGGGCUGGCAGGCCUGCAGGCUUGGCAGGGGGACAGGCACCGACUGCAGCAGUGGGAACUUUCCAGGCAGCUCCUGCGGGAGCGGCCGGUGCAUGGAUGGAGCCAUUUCCCUGCAGACCCAGCCCUGGGACUGCGGAUCAGCCCCACUCAGCCGUGGGGUUGGGGCUGACACGGGGUCCAGCACAGAGCAGGAGGGGACAGAGCUAACAGAGAUAUCUCCUGAAGGAGAGUGACUGGGAUCGCGGACACAGGUCUGGGCUCUGCCACUGAUUUGCUGCAGAACUCAGGAAAGUGGCUGCACCUUCUACCUGCCCCCAUUACCCAGGAGUGGCAGGUUUUCCCCAAAAUCCAUCUUCUGUCAGCCUCUAAGGAGCUCAGGUUUUUUGUGGCAGCUCCUAAAUCACAGCCAGGCUCUGCAACUUGUUGGGGGCUGCUCCCCUACACUGACUCUCCACUGAGCUCUCCGAGCAGCCGGCACAGACCAGGACCACAGGGCUCACCGGGAGGCCCUAAACAAUGCCGACGAGCUGAGCUCAUUCCUCCCAGCUGAUAAUUUGCUUAAAAAUAUUUCUGAGCUCAGACCUCCCCAGGGAAAACACUCCCAAACUCCAGGCAAAAAGCUGCUGAGUCUGGAGGAACCACACACCCACCACUCUCUGGCCGAGACCUCCCCUCGAUGACAAGGCCUGGCGUCAGAGGGAGUGAGGCCAAAGGCUGCCGUUUGAUCUCCCCCUUCGCUGGGGGAUGCUGAAUUUCAGCCCGUCCAGGGCUUUUACCACUUCCCGGUAGCGGUUUCCUGCGAUGAUGUGAGCGCAGGAAUUUUUGGGAGGUGAGUCAGAGGCUGCAAUGAGAACCGCCUGGCUGGGGCUAGGCUGGGAGGCUGGAUCCCGAUCCAGGGGUGGGUGAUCCCUGCUGCGAUGCUUGUUGCCGGCGGGCAGCAUUCCCACAGUGGAAUUACUUGUGGGGGACACAGAAUCCCAUCACAGACCCCAUUUCUGGCCUGGAAGAAGAAAGGGAUUUGCUGCCUCAGUUCUCACGGCUCCUCCUUCCUUGCCGGGCUGGGAUCUGUACGCUCCGGCCACCCCACCCGGGCUCCAGGGAGAAACUUGGGUAAGAAUAAAGAGCAAAACCUCGUCCAGCUCUGCAGGAAGCAGCCUGGAAUGGCUGUCCCGCCCCAGCACCGGGUUGUUCCAAGAACAGAACUGCCCCAAAGCAGCACCGAAGCUUAGUUUUCCCUAAGGAGCAACGCAGGAGUGGUGAAGCGGAGAAACUGCCCUCCCUGGUCUCUGAAAUUCAAUACACAAAAUGAGUUCCUGCUAAAGGAACCUCCCAGGUUUUGCCUGCUGGGUAUUAAAGCUCCAUGACCCUGUGCCCAUUCUCUCUCCAGCAUUACUCAAACCCUUCUACGUAGAGAAUAAGUGAGUCCAGAGAGUGAGACUGAGCCGGGAUAAGCCUUUGGAAAGGAGCUAAACCUGCUCAAAGCCGGCACUGUUCCCUGACCCGCCCUCCUAAUCCUGCCUGGUUGAUAAUGGAAUAAUAAAGGACUGCACAGCCUUGCUCUCUGCUGCUCUGUGGGGGAGGUUCCUGCUGCCUCGGUUCAUGCCAGGAGCUGGGAUAUUAAUGACUCCCUAAGUAAACAGAAUUGCUCCGUUCUUUUUCUUUGCGUGGCUGUAAAACCAAGCAUGACCUUCAGCCCGCAGAGAAAUCAGAGUCGCUCCCCUUUCCAGGAGAAAGGCUGGUUGUGGCAGUGAUAACACCAUGAUCUCUGCCUGCCACCUUUGCCAGGGCUGAUCCCAACCCUGCAGCUUCAACAGCGAUCCCAGUGGGACUCACAGGGCCACCCCUGCGAAGCUUUGGCCUCUCCCCGUGAGGAUGAAGCCGCUGAUUCACUGGGGGAGAAUCUCAGGAGCACAGAACGGGGGGUUUUGGCACACCCAGCCCCUCCAAGGUGUGCACACCUUGUUUGCUGGGCUGGGGGCUGCCAUGUAGAACCUACAAACCUGUUGCAUCUCAGUCUCAGCAGCUGGGAAGAGGGCAGGGAAGUGACAAUGCCGAUGAGAUCCACUCCCUGUGGCUGGAAUAUUAUAUGUGAUACAUACAUGUUAUAUAUUAUACGUAUAUAUUGUUAUAUGCUUAAUAUUUUAUAUAUGCUAUGUAUUUUACCUAUAAAAGUGUAGAUUAUUUAUGUAAUAAUAUAUGCGUUAACAGAUUUAAUUCAUAGGUGUUAUAGAUGUUAUAUAUAAGCACACAGUGCAUGGAAGGGUCAGGCAGAUGGGCUGAGCUGACUGUUCCUGUUUAACUAAGCCAUUGAGUGCUUAGUGCUUUAGAACCCGUGAGGAUUCCAGAGCGGACAGCUCCGGCCGGGCACGGAGCAUUCCCUCAGGAAAAGGGCGCGGAUCCUCCCGCCGCCCCCGCCACACAGCGCCGCCGCCGCCGCGCUUCCGUUUCCCCCGCCGCCAUCUUCGGCACGGGCACUUCAGCCACCGCCUACACCCCGCGCCUCUCACCGCCGGGCAGAAGCGGAGGGCGGCUCGCACUCGGGCAGAGGGAAGUGUAUUUAUCCCCCGAGGAAGGACGUUCCUGCCGCCGUGCUCCCGAGCUCCACGGGGUUUGCAUGACUCUUUGGCGAUGAACGCGGCCAGAAGUGGCUACCGGGUCUUCUCGGCCAACUCCACCGCAGCCUCCACCGAGCUGGCGAAGAAGAUCACGGAGCGACUCGGUGCUGAGCUGGGAAAAUCUGUGGUAUACCAGGAAACCAAUGGAGAAACAAGAGUUGAAAUAAAAGAGUCCGUCCGUGGACAGGAUAUCUUCAUCAUACAGACAAUCCCCAGAGAUGUGAAUACUGCUGUCAUGGAGCUGCUGAUCAUGGCCUAUGCACUGAAGACUUCCUGUGCCAGGAACAUCAUUGGGGUCAUCCCCUACUUCCCCUACAGCAAACAGAGCAAAAUGAGGAAGAGGGGCUCCAUAGUCUGCAAGCUGCUGGCUUCAAUGCUUGCCAAGGCAGGUUUAACACAUAUUAUCACUAUGGACCUUCACCAAAAGGAAAUCCAAGGCUUCUUCAGCUUUCCAGUAGACAACCUGAGAGCAUCCCCUUUCUUGCUUCAGUAUAUACAGGAAGAAAUUCCAGAUUACAGAAACGCAGUUAUUGUAGCCAAAUCUCCUGGUGCUGCUAAAAGGGCUCAGUCUUACGCUGAGAGGCUGCGCCUGGGGCUGGCAGUGAUCCAUGGAGAGGCUCAGUGCACGGAGCAGGACAUGGAUGACGGGCGUCACUCCCCUCCCAUGCUCAAAAAUGCAACUGUGCAUCCUGGCCUGGAGCUGCCAUUGAUGAUGGCCAAGGAGAAACCGCCCAUAACUGUGGUUGGAGACGUUGGAGGAAGGAUUGCCAUCAUCGUGGAUGACAUCAUUGAUGAUGUGGAAAGCUUUGUAGCUGCUGCAGAGAUCCUGAAAGAGCGUGGAGCCUACAAGAUUUUUGUGAUGGCUACUCAUGGGCUCCUGUCAGCAGAUGCCCCUCGUCUUAUAGAGGAAUCCUCCAUUGAUGAGGUGGUAGUGACCAACACUGUUCCUCACGAGGUGCAGAAGCUGCAGUGCCCCAAGAUAAAGACUGUGGAUAUCAGUUUGAUCCUGUCGGAAGCCAUCCGGCGAAUCCACAACGGCGAGUCCAUGGCCUAUCUCUUCCGCAACAUCACUGUCGAUGACUAAACCCGAGCCUGCCCCUCUCCUGGGUUCCACAAGAGAAGGAAAUCUGCAUGGAAAGGCAAUACCAUAAAACAUAGGCAUAACACAGCUGUUUAUUUUUGUAGGAGUGUUGACGUUUUCAGGGUCUUGAGCCAUGAGAUCUAAUAGAAAAAAAUCAACCUGACCAGCACUUUACAAUAGAAGGGGCCACUGGCAGUGAGGGGAAUUACACCUCGAUUGAGAGAGAUGGAAAAAUGAGGUGGUGUUGAAUUUUUAAGUUCCUUUAAUGAUUUUUUUUUUUUUUUAGUGUGUUUUCUCUUGCCCUGUAGGGGCAGAAAGAAAAGCUAAACAGAAGUAGCUGUCAGCUUGUGAGAAGGGAACAGGGACUGCUCAUUGCUGUGUGGGCAGCGAGAGCAGCCUUUGGGGUUGUUUCUGGCUGUGUCUCACCCCAGAGCAUGGAAGGGAAUGUUCAGGCUGUGCUGCUGGCAGAGCUGAGCCAACAGCAGCUCCGUGCCAGCUCAGUGGCCUCUCCUCUCCUGCACAGCAGAGCAGGGACUUUCAUCCAAACUAAAUUAGCAGAACAUCCCGAAAGGACAGCUUAGGGCAGCCCAUUGCCUGGGCUGCUCCCAUCCCUGGGUCAGGGAGCUGGGAACAGGCUCAUGUGUGUGUCCCAGCAGAGCAGGGAAUGCCUGUUAAUGUGUUGGCCUUUUCAUUUUGUGAGCUUUGGAUCAUUAUUGCUCUUCAGUGAUGAAUCACAUGAGGGUCUUGGUCCUCUCUGGAACACUUGUCUGCACUGCAAAACCAGGCGUGAUUUUUGGAGUUGCGUGGGGCUGAGUUUGUGGCAGAGUCUUGUGGGGAAGGGAAGGUGGAACAAUAUCUGCUUCUAAUGCAGCUGUGCUCUCCAAAACACUAACACUGAACCUGCAAUAAAAAGUAUAAAAUUUUUCA